GUCCCAAGCCUGGGUCCGCUGUCUACGCUGCGGAGCACCUCACGGUGAAUGGAGGCCGCAUCGCAGUUCGCUUCGGCGCAUCGGGAGUCGUCCAAGAGAUUCAGGAGAGCAGUGGUCUCUUCAUCGUCACGUUCGCAGAGUCAAUUCCGCCGGGUCAGAAGUUUGCAGUUUCUUCCGAGCAGCUGGAGCUUGCUGCUCCGUAUCGGCAGGGCCAGUGGCUGCAGCUCAAAAGCGACAUCUCGUUCAGGAGCAAGCGCGUCCUUCGCGCCGGACAGCCCUGUGUCGUCCGUGACGUCCGAUGCGGCUCAGCCAUGCUGGUGGUUCGCAUGGCCCCAGUAGCAGCAGUCGAUGCAUUCGACCUCAGUGUGAGCCCUGAAGAUGUCGAAGCUCUUGUGGGCCUGCCUGCCAGCUUCAGCAACUCCUGCGGCGCAUUGCCGGAGGGCUUCGCUCCGGCGGACAUUGUGUUCGCCACGGCCGACAUCGCAGUUCAGGGCCCGUCUGGUCCGACUGUUGCCGUGGGCCUGGGCGACGUAGGCAUGGUUUUUGGAGAGCCCACGACGCCAGAAGCACGCAGCAAAGGCGAGGUGUUGGUUCGCUUCGAGGCCCGUCAGGAUCAAGGCAACCCGGUGUUUCUCAGUGUGUUGGCCAAGUCGCUCUCCCGCAGCCCACUUCUUAGCUGCGGGAAACGUGCCGAGGUGAAGAAGCCGCUUCAGUUCCCGGAUGGAUUUGUUGCAGAUGUCGGAUCCGUCGGCAUCGUCGUGCAGAGUGUUGUGGAUGGCCACGAAGCAGAUGUUGUCCAGAUCCACGACGGCACAAAGGAGAAGAGCUUCCAGCCUUUGCCUGGCACGGUUUCUCUUCUCCACGACCCCAAGGUGACCUCCGAUGAACUCGAGGCUCGACUCAGAGAGUUGGAGACACUGGCAACUCUUUUCGAUGCCGCCGGCAAGCACGGCCGGACAGUUUCAAUGUUGGAGCAGAACCUCUGGGCCGCGCUUGGCAUGGGCACCGGCGUGAAUCUCUCUUUCCUGGCCCACCAGAGCAAGUGGCCGCGGUUGGGUACUUUGUCUUUGGAGGGGAAGUGCCUGACCCUGAAGACGACCUCUGCAGAGGGUAUGGAUGGAACCUUGGGCGGCGAGUCUAAGGUUCGCUUCGAUCACGAAGCUUUGAUCCACGAUGCCACCCGAGUUGACCCGUAUGCAGCAGCAAUCCGGGCUGCGGCAAAGGGUAAAACUGUGCUGGACAUAGGCACCGGCCCGGUGUGCUUCCUUGCGCGACUCUGCCUCCGCGCUGGCGCGCGGGCUGCCGAUGCCGUGGAGAGCAAUACUAGCUCCGUGGAGAGAGCCGUCGGGUUCUUCGAGGCUGAGGCACGCGGUGAGACAUCCAGCACCGGCCGGAUCCUCCCCUCCUGGGCAGCGCUGCCCAACGUGCAGGAGGUCCGGCGCGAGGAGCAUGCCGUUUCGGUUCGCCUCACUGGCGCAGAGCUCGGGGAUCAGGAGCUGCAGCUCUUCUGCGGCCUUUCUACCGAUCCUGACUUGCGGCUUCGGGGUAGAGGCAGCUACACCAUGCUUGUGCACGAGAUUCUUGGUGAUAUGGCGGGGAACGAGGAUGCUGCACUGGUGCUGGACGACAUUCACCAGCGCGGCCUCCUUGCCCCGGACUCUGUCGUCAUCCCGAGAGCUUCCUCCACAUUGCUGGCCCCGACGGAAGUGCUGAAUCGCACUACUAUGGAGAAGUUGGUGCAUCGGCUUGGGCACAGUGGGGAUGGCGACAUAAAGCCUCUCACUCGGCAUAGUGCUCGACGAUUUCCAUCCGCAGCACUGUUGGCCGAUGCCCAGGCCCUUGAGCUCCUCGACUUCGCGAAGGGGCCCCAGCUGCUGCAGGAGCGGACGCUGGAGUUCAGGACGACAAGGCCGGGUGAUUUCGACGGCGUGCACAUGCAUCUGCAUGUGGACCUGGACGGCGCAAACAGCAUCGAUGUCCUUGGAGCUCAUAGUGGGCCAGACUCGGACUCGUCCUGGUCCACCGUCUACGUUCGUUUGCUGUCGAAGCCGAUGGCCCUGGCUGCGGGGAGUCGCAUCGUCUGUCGAUGUCGCGCUGAUCUGCGUGACCGACCCGCUCGAUAUCGCCUCUCUGUGGCAGUCGGCGAGGAGGGCUCUGAGCAACACGUCUGCGAUGGCUUCGAGUGGAGUGGCGGAUAG